GGUCAUGGCCCACCACAACCAAAUGCCCCAGCAUAUCCACAUGGGCAACCAGGAUAUCCUCCACAGGGACAACCAGGAUAUCCUCCACAGGGACAACCAGGAUAUCAUCCACAGGGACAACCAGGAUAUGCACCACAGGGACAACCAGGAUAUCACCCACAGGGACAACCAGGAUAUCCCCCACAGGGACAACCAGGAUAUCAACCUCAGGGGCAACCAGGCUAUCCCCCACAGGGACAACCAGGAUAUCCCCCACAGGGACAACCAGGAUAUCCCCCACAGGGACAACCAGGAUAUCCCCCACAGGGACAACCAGGAUAUCACCCACCGGGACAACCAGGAUAUCCCCCACAGGGACAGCCAGGAUAUCCACCACAGGGACAACCAGGACAUCCACAUGGAGGAGUCCCACAACCUGAACCUGGAAAACCUGUACAAUUUCAUGGAGAAGUGGACAAUCCAACUUAUAUGGGCUCAGAUAUAGCAGGGGAGGAUCUACCAGAGGACCAUAGUGCACCUGAACCAACUGCUAAGCCUGCAGACCCUUCUCAGUUUGGUCGCAUAAGUGGAUAUGAAAACACUGGUUAUGCAAAUGCAUCUGCCCCUCCAUUGCCCCCUCCGAAUGCUCCUCCCUCUUAUGAUGAACUGUUUAAGGAAGAGAAUAGGCCUCGAGAGGACUUUACCAGUGCUGGUGCUAUACCAACUGAGGACCAAGCUAGAGAAGCCUUGCUACAGUAUGUCGGCCAGCAUUGCUGCUAUGGGAAGGGUGCUGUCAAUGAUCUGGUCUUCACCAAUAUUAAACCAUCAAGUGGUUUACAUUAUGUUUUGGAAACUUUCACUGAAAUGAGGUCCACAGCCUGGACUCAGGCCCCAUAUCGAGGUGGUCAUGUGGAUGGUCCCCAGUUUGGUGUACCCCCUCCUGCGUGGUCAAUAGCAAGUAAUUUCUCCAACUUGUUUCAAACAGAAGUGAAGACAUAUGAAGUUCCCCAUACUGCUAGUAUUGUGCAAUGUCACCAGUGUUUCUCAUCUGGGUUCAUCCGUUGUCAUAGGUGCUACGGACGUGGAAGUAACCGCUGUAUUUCCUGUCAUGGCACUGGACAUCGUACAACACAUAGAGAUGGUCAUGCUCACAGGGCCACAUGUUUCAGCUGUCAUGGACGUGGAAGAAAAAGGUGCUUGACAUGUAGAGGUCACGGGAUGAUUACAUGUCCAACAUGUCAAGGUUAUCGACAGCUAAAGAAUUUCAUUGAGCUAACUGUUAAAUAUGAGAAUCAUGCUGAGGAAUACAUCCUUGAGAAAACUGAUAUGCCAGACCACCUUAUUAAGAAUGUUCAGGGUAAGACACUGUUUGAGCAGAAACUGCCGCGAUGUUGGCCUAUGAGGACUUUCCCAGAACCAGAUAUCAAUCAGUGUUCAAAUAACCUCAUCAUGAAACAUUUGGAUGCUUACAAGAUGACUAAUAUUAUCAUGCAGCGUCAAACUCUUAGAGCUGUGCCUGUGUCAGAGUGUGCCUAUACAUGGAAGGGUGAUUCUAAACGUUACUGGGUCUAUGGUAACGAACACCAAGUGUAUUGUCCGGACUAUCCUCAGACCUGCUGCUGGGGAUGUAAUAUAUUGUGAGGAGAUCAGGAGAAUAUAUUGUAAGGAAAAUGUCAUAAUGUGAUAUGAUAAGAAUAUUCGAUUAGAACUAAGAUAUAUUCAAGAGAACUAGGUCCAGCUGGAUUGCAUAGAAAAAGAUCAAAGGAGUUGUAGGUGCAAGUUUUGAUCUUGUGGUUAAAACUUGGAAGAUCAUUUGAAUAGACAGUAAAAGUCAUAAUUUUGAUAUAUUUAUUGUGCUUAAAAAUAAUUUUGAUAUAUUUAUUGUGCUUAAAAUUAAUCUUCCAAUGAAACUCUUUAAACGUAAAAAACGAUACUACAUGUAAGUGACAUGAUUGUCUCAUUUGAUUGGGAAAUUGGAACAAAAACUAUCUUACACUACAUUUUCUUGAAUUACAUAUACCGGUAUAACACUUUUUUGUACACUGUAAGAUAUAUAAUAUAAACCUUUGUGUUGUAAACUUGUAUACAAAACCACUACUGUGAUAGUUGAUGAGUGGGUAAGGUAAACGUAUUUGAGCCUCAACAUAGGAAAACUAGUCUUAUCACAGAAUUUUUCAAU